AAAAAAAAAAAAAAAAAAAAAAAAAAAAAAAAAAAGGGGGGAAAUUAAGAUAUAAAACGCGACGGAAUCGUUAAAAUAUUGAAGAAGAACAAUAAACACCAUGGCAAAGGUUUACACGAUGGACGAGGUAGCUCGACACAAUAAGGAAACGGAUUUAUGGUUAGUGAUGCACGGUGGAGUUUACGAUUUAACUGAUUUUUGUAAGAAACAUCCUGGCGGGGAGGAGGUGUUAACACAUUCGGCCGGAACAGAUUGUACGGCGUGUUUCGAUGAAAUCGGUCACUCCGAGGAAGCCAAAUUACUUAAGGAAACAUUUAAAAUAGGCGUGAUAGAAAAAGAUGUGGAAUUUACGAGCGAUUUCAAACCAGAUCAGAGUCAAGAAAAGAUGAAAGAAGCUAACAACAUCCCUACUACCAGCAUUGAUGAUAACGACGACAACUGGGAAUAUACUGAACCGAAAAAAGAUACUAAUCGAACGUUACCGUUCCUGCUGACAGCGGGUGUUCUUAUCUACGCCAUUUUGUUCUAUUACUUUUUAUUUUAACGAGUAUCUUUUGAUAGAAAAUAUUUUCUGUACGUAUACAUACAAAUAGAAUGAUAAUAAACAUCUAAUGUAUGCAUAAUUUAAAAUUAAUUAUAGAAUAUACGCGUCAUUUCAGCUAUGACGUGGCGACGACAUUUUUCUUAUCUAUUUUAGCAGAAAAAAAUAUAAAGUCAUUAAUUUUAAAUA